GGUUAAGGUCACAAUAACGUCAAUUUUGCAGCCGCGAUCGCUCUAAAUGGCACGAGUUGACAAUUUCUUGUGUAGCGCUCUUGAAUCUUGUGUAAAGUGUAUCGGAUCGAGCUUGCCACUCGUUAGUCUCUAAAUUACUCCACAGUUGCUGUUUGUUUAGCUAAUUGGGUCUAUCUGGACUGUACAAAUAUUGGUUGGUACGUGCGAGGUACAUCUGUGGAUGUUGUGUGGUGCAAUAAUAACAAGAGAAUUCAACUAAGGAAAAAAAACUUUAAAAAGGAUCGGAGAAGCUCUAAGGUAAAAUGAGUGAGACAGCAGACAGCGCACCCAGCAACGCUGACGAAUUGGGCGACACAAAGAACGCCAAGAUGAGAAGAUACGACGACAUCUACGACUCACACGUCCGCUCGUUCGGACCUUAUCAGCGAGUGCUGUACCUUAUUAUGAAGCUGCUGAUCAUUCCGAUAAGCGCGCAGUUCACAGCGCUCGUCUUCUGCCUCGGUACUCCUGAGUUCCAGUGCACAACCGCUAAUGUCACGUGUCCUCCAAGGAAAUGCUGUGAUAAUUGCACCUCGUACGAGUUCGUCGGCCCCUUCACCACUUCUGUCUCAGAGUGGAACCUCAUUUGUGACCGCGGAUAUAUCGGCGCCUCGCUCCAGGCUGUCUUCUUUGCGGGGAUGAUGAUCGGCUCGGUCAUCUCCGGCAUGAUGGCGGAUGCUUGGGGACGAAAACCGUGCAUUUUUGCAUGCACAACACUCAUGGCCCUAACAAGCGCGGGGUCCGCUUACGCAGACUGCAUCUCCUUAUUUGCUCUCCUCCGAUUCCUCCUGGGCAUUGGUCUGACGGGCGUGAUGCUGACCAGCUUCGUGUACUCUCUAGAAUUGGUCGGCCCCAAGCGCCGCACCCUCAUCUCCGCACUUACAGGGAUCUUCUGGGCGGGAGGCGGGUUGCUGAAUCUUCUUGAGUCUUACUUCAUCCGUGACUGGAGAUUGCUUUUAUUCGUGUACUCAAUCCCUGCAGUGCUCUUGCUACCUUUGUGGAGAUUUAUCCCCGAGUCCCCACGCUGGCUAAUGUUACAUGGUCGUUUGGACGGGUCUCUAGAUGUUCUCGCUAAAUUCGGAGGCAAAAAAGGCCAGAAUGUAGACACAGAGUCAUUGCGCGGCCUGUUGGAACAGAUCAAGGAGGACCAGCUUAAAAUGCAAAUGAAAGAGAAGCGCUAUGGUCUCCUGGACUUAGUGCGGACUGCAAAGUUGAGAAAGUGGUCGCUUAUCAUGGGCUACCAAUGGUUCGUGGUGGCUUUCGUAAAUUUUGGGUUGUACUUGUACCUAUCGCAGUUGGCCGGGGAUAUCUAUGUGAAUUAUGCAGUUACAAGAUCUAUCGCGACUAUUGCUAUUCCACUCGACUACAUCUUUCUUGCAAAGUUUGGGAGGCGUUCGUAUCACGGAGUGUACGCCAUUAUUGGAGGCACAUCAUUGCUUAUCAUCUUGGCCGUCAAUGAGAAGUAUCCAAUGGCAACAACAAUCCUGACAAUUCUUAGUAUUAUCAUCGGGCCGAACUGGGGCACAGUCUACCUCAUCACUGCGGAGCUUUACCCUACAGUACUACGUAACUCGGCGUUGGGUACUGGUUCGCUGAUUGGAAGAAUUGGUGGAACAAUAGCUCCAUACUUCACGAUGAUUGCGCAGUUACCAGGCCUCAGCAUGACGUUCCCGGUCACAGUAUUUGGGUUGUCCGCAAUCAUCGCAGGGGCUAUGACGUACCUUCUCCCAGAAACCCUCUUCUUCAAAAUGCACCAGACGAUCGAACAGACUGAGGCUGCCGAAGAUGACUACUCUGUGGUCUGCUGCGGUAAGCCGCUGACACGCCACAAGCAGACCAAGGCUCAAGCAGUGGAGUUCAAAGACGGAGUUGUCCUGACAAACUUUGAGACAGUACAGAACAAACGCGAUCAGGCCACACUAGAAAACGGGCUCUAGGGUUCGUACACACUAGAAAACGGGCUCUAGGGUUCGUACACAAUAGAAAACGGGCUCUAGGGUUCGUACACAAUAGAA